UAUUGCUACAAUUCUUGUUUCUCAUUGGGCAAAACCUCAACCCUUAUCACUUUGAGCAAACAAUUAACUGAAGUGGAGAGUGAAAUAGUGUUCAGCUAGAUGAGCUUGAAAUUCUACAGUCUAUGUACCCUGAGGAGAAGGAGCUAGAGUUAUCUGAUCCUGCAGUUCUCUCCGAUAUCCGGGACUAUCUCGAGAACCAGGGGGAUUGUCCUAAUUCUGUCGAACUAACUCUGAGAACCCAACUUGGUUCAACCCAGAUAGAAACUAUUGUAAACCUUCCAAGAAGCUAUCCUAGUUUAUCUCUACCAGAACUCUAUAUUAGGUCGGAUAAGUUUGAUCGCGAGAGUCAGGCGAGGAUCAACCGUGAUAUCCGGGUCUACCUGGAGCAGGAAUCCGUUCCCUCAGAACCUUGUCUGAUCUCAGUUGUCACCUGGGUUCAGGACAAUGGAGAGACAUAUAUGCUCCCUGAGACGGGUUGCAUUGAUCCUAAACCUGAUGAGGUUAAGGUAUCCGGUAUGUUUUGUAGAUACUGGAUCUACUCCCAUCAUAUCUACAGUAAGAUAAAGAGAAAGAAUAUACUGGAUAUGUCCAAGGAAUAUGAUCUCUCAGGAUUCUGCUUGCCGGGGAAACCGGGAAUCAUCUGUGUAGAGGGACCUGGUAAGAACUGCUCUGAUUGGUGGAGUGUUGUGAGAAAUUGGAAUUGGAAACGGUUAUCCCUCAAGAUUACGGAAGAAAAGGAGGGAGAGAUUGAAAGUUUACGUCAGUUCUCCGGGUUUAAUGAGAUCGGAGAAGUAAAAUCUGGUACCAGAGAUUAUCACAUGGAUAUGCGUCAGUUCCAGCUGUAUCUAGAGGAGCACGGAUCUCCACAUAUAUUCUCUCAACUGUUUGGAAUAGAGAAAUAAACUUUAGCUGCCAGA